CUAUUUUAUUAUGUUAAUUAUGUGUAUUCAAUAAGAAUAAGUGAGCAUCUAUUAAGUCAGUAUUUUUUUGCCAACCGAUUGGUAUUAAAUUCUGUUCAAGAUGAAGAGAAAGGAAAGAAAACAGAGAAAGAAGAAAAAACAGACAAAGGGAACGAGUCAGAGAAAGAGAACGAAUCAGAGAAAGAAAAAAAAACAGAGAAAGAGAACGAAUUAGAGAAAGAGAACGAAUUAGAGAAAGAAAAAAAAAAUUUGGACGUAAAAGACCAAGAAAUAUCUUCUUAUAUUAAAACGAAUGAUAUAAUACUAUCCAACAUAAUAAUAGAUAAGAAAGAAAAAAAAAAAAAAAGUGAUGCCAAGCAAAUACUUCCUUUUUAUAUAUGGAGAUUCUUUUUAAAAAAUAUACAAUUUAAUGUGAAGGAUGAAAAUGUAUUAAAUACUUUACUUCCAGUUAAUAUAAUUAAAAUAAUCAAUGGAUUAAUUUUUUAUAAAAUUAUGGAUAAAAAAUUUAUAGAAAUAAUUAUGACUAGAAUUGAAAAUGAAUAUUCAUCUAAGGGAUUCCACAUAAAUACCACAAGAAAUAGAAAUAAUAAAUAUAAUAAUAAAUAUAAUAAUAAUAAUAAUAAAUAUAAUAAUAAUAAUAAUAAUAGCGAAUUAACUCAUAAUAUACAUGUAGAUAAUAAAUCCAUUGAAAUAAAAAAAAAUAAUAAUAAUAUGUGUAAAACAAUCAGAAGUAGUGAUAAAUAUUCUGUUAAGAAAGAAAAAGAAAAGUUUAAUUUUAUUUGUCUUAAUACACUCUUGAAUUAUAUGAGUCAUACAAAUGAUAUACAAUAUUAUAAUAUAAAAAUUGAUUUAAUAAAGAUGAUAAAAAAUAUUAUAUUUAAAGAAGAAAAAAAUAUAAAUGUUAGAUUAUUAUGUAGUAUAUUUAUAAGUUAUUCAAGAUUGAAUAUAUAUGAUAAGAUAUUAUUUUAUGAUAUUUAUAAAAAAUUAGAAACACAAAAAUUAUGCUUUGGAAAUAUAUUAAGUAUUCUUACAUAUAUGAAUAAAACUUCAAUAUAUGAUAAACAUAUUUUAUAUAAAUGUUGUAUAGAUAUAUUUAAAAAAAUAAAUGAUACAAAUAAAAUACAAAAUAUUGAAUUAUCUCAAUAUAUUCAUUUUUUAUUUAUAUUAACAUCUAUAUCUCAAUUAUAUUUAUUUAAUAAAUUCCAUAUUGUUUUAUCAUAUAUAUUUAAGAUCCUUUAUUGUAUUAAUAUAUAUAUAAAUAAUCAGCUACUACUAAUAAAAAAUAAUAAUAAUAAUAUAAAAAAAAAAAAUAAUAAUAGUCAAUCUUUUCAAAAUGAUAAUAUAAAUAUUUCUCCAGUAAUAAAACCAAUACCAAAUAACUUCAUUUCAAUGUUUGAUAUAAGUUUAAAUAUAUUUUAUCACUUUUUUUUAUUAACACCUUUAUAUAAUCAUAAAAAAGUAAUCGACUGUGUGAACAUAUCCCAUUUGAAUAUUUUUAAUUCUUUAUUAUCUUACAAAUAUAAUAACAAAUAUCAGGUAACUCCAACACCUUCGGAUAUACAAAGAAGUGUAUUAAACAUAUUAAACAAAAAGCUUCUUCGAUAUA